GAGCUCUGGAGAGAGAAGUCGUCGUUCCCCCGCUCGCCGCCGCCGACCCUCGUGCAUUGCAAAAUUGCCACUGGGCCCUUCCUUUAUCAGUGAUGCACUGUUCGCCACUCGGCACCGACUCGCUCUGCCCGCUCAGGAUUGCCGCUAAGACAUUCGCAGGUAGAACCUUUGGAUUAUAUCGCUAUCCGUGUUGCCCAGGGAGGUAGAUGGCGUCCCCUGAGAAUCCCCCUCAUGGCAUUUUGCACCUGCCCAACUCGUCUUCGCACCUGAGCGAAACGCGCAGGGUGAGCAUCGCGGUUGGUGAAACCGCUUCAAGCAAGGACAACCCGGCCUUCGAGAAUGACGACGUGCCCACCAAUGGGCACUCGCCCAAACGCUCCACAGAUUCGCACCGCAAUCACAAGAACCCCUUAGGGCUGAGAAAUGGUUUUCCGGAGGAAAGUGUAUACGACAAGCAGACCAAGGAGCAGAGGAGUUUGUGGGACUGGCUGGGUCUCUGGCCUAAUGGCGAACAGUUCGCCCGCUUGGCCGCCUUCAUCCUGAUAGGCCUGCUCAUUUGGGGCAUUAUUUUCGUCCUGAUCGGCGAAGACGCCAGUCCCUUCGGAGGCCAGCUCUUCCAAAUCGCCUCUCUCUGCAUCGUGGCCAAGCUCGGAGGGUGGCUCGCGUCGAGGGUGCGCCUUCCGGCCCUGCUGGGCAUGUUGGUUGUCGGAAUCAUAGCCAAGAAUGUGGGCCUCAUCGACGUGCACGGUGAGUACGAGCACGUGGUCGCCGACAUCCGGAGGGUGGCGCUUGUCAUCAUCCUGAUCAGGGCGGGUCUCGACCUCGACCCGAACGCGACGAGGAAACUGUUUGGAACCAUCUUGAAGUUGGGCCUGGCGCCGUGGCUGAUCGAGUGCUGCAUGAUCGCAGUCAUGACUCACUUCUUGCUCGGCCUGCCCUGGGGAUGGGCUUUCAUGCUUGGGUCAAUCGAGGCCGCCGUUUCCCCGGCUGUGGUGGUGCCGGGUCUUUUGAGACUCCGUCUGAAAGGCUUUGGGGUCGCAAAAGGAAUUCCCACUCUAAUCUUGGCCGUAACGGGCAUCGACGACGCGUUUUCUGUGGCCGCCUUCGGAGUCAUCUCCAGCAUGAUGCUGACCGCAGGCUCUCUGGUUUACACCGUGGCCCUUGGGCCGGCCUCCGUUUUGCUGGGAGUGGCCUUUGGAGUGGUCUGGGGCAACCUGACCCGAUUUGUGCCGAAACAACAUGAUCCGUAUUCAGCCCAUUUGCGAGUAUUGUUGCUCUUUUUUGGAGGUCUUAUGGCAGUUUUGGGCAGCGACGAGAUCGGCUACGGAGGUGCAGGACCGCUGGGAGUUAUUCUCGCUGCCUUUGUUUCGGGGUGCAUUUGGACUGACCAGGGUUGGGAAGUAGAAGAGAAUCCUGUGGCAAUUUCUUUUGAAGUUUUCUGGUUGAUAUUUGAACCGAUUCUCUUUGGCCUGACUGGAACUCAGAUCGAUUUCUCGCAAAUCGACACAAAAAUUUUAUGGAAGGCUAUUAUAUGUAUUACAGUAGCAGCUGCGGUAAGAAUUAUUGGAACAAUUUUCAUCUCUAUUGGAUCACGGCUCAAUUUGAAAGAGAAAAUAUUCGUUUCAUUUUCCUGGAUGGCAAAGGCUACAGUUCAGGCUGCUUUGGGGCCAGUUGCUAUCGACUUAGUAAGAGCUAAUGGAACUGAAGAUGAAAAAGAAUAUGCACGCGCUGUCCUUAUGGUUUGUGUGCUGUCUAUCUUGCUAACUGCUCCUAUUGGUGCCGUGACCAUUGCUCUGACGGGGCCUCGUCUGCUAAAGAGAACCGCUGCUGCCAUGCCGGAAGGAUGGAGAAGACAUACACGACCCUCUCUCAGAGAUAUCUCAAUCAACGAGGAGGAGGAACUGGAUGACGAGGAACCGGAACCAGAGGCGCCAGCGCCAAGUGGGCGUAGGUCAACUCGCAGCAGCAUCAAGUCCGUCUUGAAUCGCUGAUGCUUGAAGUCAAAACUGGUGGAUCUGUAUAUAAUGCACAAGUUUUAUAAUUUAUGUAUUUAAAUAACAUUGGUAAUUUUAAAAGAGAGUAGCUUUAAGCAUAGAAAAGUCACAGAGCGCUGGCUUGAUGGUUGCAAGCCACAUAUUUUCUUAACUAAUUGUAUUUUGUACAGCAGAUUUUUGUGAUUGCGCUUUGUUCCAUGUAACUAAUAUAGGAAGGAUAAAGAAUAGACAACACGAAAUUAAUUUCGAACUCAGAAAAA